ACAACUUGUUUAGACAUUAGACAGUUACUACAGGAAAGCAGACACCGAAACAGUGUUUUAUUUGUUUUCUCAUUGUAAAUCGUAUAUUAUUGUUUAUAUAUGUAACAUUGACGUGCAUCGUGACAACGUUUAACUCGCUUCUUAUUGCUGGUAUCGCUGCUCACUGCUGCCUCAGGACAGAUUACUGCUCUUGCAAUGAAUGCAGGCGUUGUCCACUGCCGUUGUGAAAAAUGCUACACCGUUCCAGCCCGAAAGCGGGUCCGUAAACGAUCUCCAGCCCUGACCUUGUUGUCUCUGCCUGAGGAGAUUGUUCUCUGCGUGCUGCAGUAUCUCUCUGCAGAUGACCUCCUAUCCGUCAGAGCUGUUCAUUCCCAGCUGCGGGACAUUGUUGACAACCACUCCAGUGUCUGGGCUAGGGUCAGUUUCAGAGACACGUGGCCCACCCCCAACACCUUAUGGCUGUAUGAAAGAGCUGCUGAGAAAGGGAACUUUGAGGCUGCUGUAAAGCUUGGGAUUGCUUAUUUGUACAAUGAAGGACCAUUGCUGAGUGACGAGGGCCGGGUUGAUGUUUGUGGUCGAAAGGCUUCGCAAUUCUUCAGUAUAGCAGAGAGUCUGCGUUCUCCCAAAGUGGAUCCCUUCACCUGGGUGUUCAUCCGUCCACCGUGGUCGCCCAGUGGCAGCUGCUGUAAAGCCGUGGUGUUUGAUCGCCUGAAGGCUGAGAGUGAGACCAACCCGGAGAAAAGGGGCCCCUUGUUGCACUGUUUGGCCAGAGUGCUGCUGCUGUUCGAAGAUGACGAAAAACAUUCAGAAGUGAUAUCGAUGUUGGAAGAGUCGUCACGGGCCGGCUGUCUGCAGAGCUCGUACCUGCUGUGGGAGCACAGUCGUGGAAAAGCUAUAGCAGAUCCAGGAAGGUACCUCAAGUGCAUUCGAACCCUCAGGGACUAUGCUGGCAAAGGAUGCUGGGAGGCACAGCUGUCCCUGGCCAAAGUGUGCGGCAGUGGAAAUCCCCUGCGUUUGGAGUCCGGGGCCCGGUCCGACUUAGUGGCUCAGCUCUUCAGUUCCUCUAAUCCCGUGUCACGACCCGGCUCUCAGGGAACCCUCAGACAAGACAUCAGUGACAGCAUGAGAUACAUCCUGGUGGACUGGCUUGUGGAGGUGACGACCAUGAAGGACUUUUCCAGCCUGACGUUACAUGUGACGGUGGGCUGUGUGGACCGCUACCUGGCUCUGUGGUCCAUCCCGAAGGGUCGCCUUCAGUUGUUAGGAAUCGCCUGCAUGGUCGUUUGCACACGAUACAUCAGUAAAGAAAUCCUGACCAUACGUGAGGCGGUUUGGCUCACAGACAACACAUACAAAUAUGAGGAUCUGGUCCGAAUGAUGGGAGAGGUCGUGUCUGUGCUGGAGGGAAAGAUCAGAAGUCCGACGCUGCUGGACUACGGAGAGGUGCUACUCUUUUUGUUCCCUCCGGAGAGGCGAACCGCUCACUUGUUCAGCUACAUCUGCGAGCUGUCGCUGCUCUACUCUGCCCUCACCACUCCACCUCCUGCCAAACUGGCUUGUGCUGCACUACUCCUUACACGGGCACUACAUUACUAUGGCCCCGUCUGGCCAGCUCUGCUCGUAGAAUACACAGGCUUUUCCAAGCAAGAUCUUGUUCCCCUUUCCGUGCUGCUCUAUGUCAAGUGUUUCAGUCAAGAUGUUCCCAAAGAUAACCGGCACACGUCUCUCACCGGGGUUAAGCAGCGGUUUGAAGAUGAGGCCUACCAGCAAAUCAGCAAAGAAAAGGUGAUGGAUUUUAAAGAGCUCUGUCAGAUCUUGGAGAUUCCUGAAGUUGAGCCCCAGAUGGAGCCUCCCAGUCCCACUGCCGGUCAACCAGCGGACAUCCACACCUUCCUGGCCUCUCCAUCAAGCACUAACAAGAAGAGACGUGACGACGGCAUGCAGGACCACAGGGGGAGCUUUGUGACCACGCCGACAGCAGAGCUGUCCAAUCAGGAGGAGAUGCUGCUGGAGGGCAUCCUGGACUGGAGUCUGGACUCUUCUUGCUCUGGUUACGAAGGAGACCAGGAGGAAGAGAGCGAGACGGAGAAAGAUGGUGAUUCUUCUAUGAUCUCCAUCAAACUGCAUCCGCUGGGUGAUGAAGACAACAGACUAGAGCAUUGCCGAGCUCUGUCCAGCGACGAAGACAGCUUCUGUGAAGCCAAAGGUGAGACGAACAAGAAGUGCCAAGGCCAAGAAACCUUCCCCUUGUCCACAGACCAGCACAGCUCAGGAUACUCCUCUGUCCAGAGUGUUAGCCCCUCAUCUAUAUGCUCGUCCUCCCUCAUGCCCUCCACGUUCAAGACAUUAACAACCUCCGUUAAGGCCACCUCUGCCAAUGCCCAGCCAGGCUUUCGCCUCCUAGUGCCCAUGCAGAGGCCUCGCGGCACCUCCACCAAACAAGUAAAGAGGAAGAACAUGGCAGCUCAUAGUGGUGGUGAAGUAGAAAGAGAAGAGGAUUUGGAAGGACAAUAUCCUGCCAAUUCAGGAUUUCUCAGCUUGUAGAUGAUUGUUUCAAUGACAACCUGUCCAGUUUCAAACCUCCAGCACUUUUUUGUUUUGUUCUCGAUAUUGUUCCUCUUGACUGUGAGUCUUCACUGGUCAAAUGCAAGAAGAUUGAAAAAACUUUGAAGCUAAGAGCAAGAAAAGGAAAGCAAACGAGUCCUUUCUGUCAUGCCACGUUUCACUAACGUAUUUACAGUAUGAGGCUAUAAAAAAAAAAAUACCUCCCAUAAGUCAAGACUCGCAGACUGCUGGAUCAUAACAUGACUUUCCUCAGCAGCCUUGUACGAUGGUUGCCACUUCAGCUUCUACAACAACCUAUCUCAGAUCAUAUGUGAUAGUUGUAAAAGAAAUGAAACUUCAUUAAUUUACUUUUUUCAGGAGAAAAGGUGUUUAUUAAAAAGUUUGGCACUCGUGUUUUUGUGAUAUUUUAGACCAUCAAAGAUGUAUGUGCACUAUUUGUACAAGAAUGAGUCUUGUACUCGGUGAAUUUUUGUGAUUUAAAAUGUGAUUUUCAUCUAGUUGAUGAAAAUAACUGCAUCUAAAGCCUACAAGAACAUGAUUGUAGCAAUUUGCCUUGCUCAGUUUGUUCAUCAUUUGAUAUGCUUUACAAAGGUACUGUGGUGUCAUUUGUUUUGUUUUGUUCUUCAGGAUUCAAGUGAAACAGAGCUGUAAACUGAGUCAUUUAGUUGCGUGAAUUGACUAUAGCCAAGUUAUACACCAGCUGUGCUGUUGAUGAAUGUUGUUUUUAUUACCUGUGGCACACUAAUCCCAUCUGGAGCCCUCAUAGAUGUUGACGUAUUCACUAAGAGCAAGGAAUUAUGAAUCACUAGCUGGAUGACCUCAUAUAAACCUCAGUUUAUUGUCCAACUGUGUCUUCUUUUUUUUAAUACUUUCUCAAUUGGAUUAUUCGGCAAAGUUUGUGUUGAAGAAACACACCUCGAAAUGAAAUUCACAAAAACAGUUUUCCUCCUAUCUGAAUCAGGUCGAGCACUUUUCUUAUUAAAAUUCUAAUUCAAAUGUGAUGCUUUAACAAUCAGUACAGAAGUAUUUUUAGUGAAUUUUCCUUUUUGCAUUAUUUUGUUUGCCAGGACACAAAUGGAAGUUAAGACACUAGAGGACAUUUUUUGAGGUUUUAAAAGUACUGUAUACCUCAUUCAGGAUACAGCGUGUGUAACGUCUCAAUGACUGUGACUGACUGUAAAUAUGUUUUGAACUGUUACUCCAUAUCUGGUCAUACAUGCUAUCUUGUCUUCAUGAAUUUACAUAUAUAAAUGUAUAAAUGUGUCACAGCUACUUGAACCCAUUUGUGCUUCAUUCCAAAAAGGCAGUUUUUCUUUGUGAAAGUUUGUUUUGUUUUUCUACAGUUCAUUGUUUUUUCAU